ACAUAGUAAGUUUUGUUGUUAUAUGGAUAGGUACUGUUCUUGGAUCAUAGCGAUGUAUUAACAAUUCUGAUGGGAUUUUACAAGAUUUACUUACAUGCUUCUUAUGCAGGUCGACAUGGACAUCGAGUAGUUCCAGAACAUUUACAGAUCCCUGCUUUAUCAAUCUGGAUUCACGUGUUACACAUGGCUCAAAUUGCAUGUGGCUAACAGUAAAGAUGAAUGGAAGGGUAAUUAAAAACUGUUAAUUGAAAAGAUGAAAGAAUAGAUCGGUUUAUGGAAAUGACUUCUUGUACAGCAUGCCUAGUAAGGAAUAAAAUCACAAUGCAGUUUGGACAGGGUUUAUUCUUUGGUAGAUGGAACUUUAUCGUCAGAAUAUAGAUAUGCUUUGGACUGCAAUCGAUCAUUUACGAUUUAAUGAAGACUAUCGGCCAAAAUGAGUUCAAUCUUCCUCAUCUUGCUUGGAAUAUUCGCCUCUAUUCAUACGGUGAAAGGCCAGCUGUAUUACAAACUUCCGGAGGAGAAGCCGGCGAAUUUCUAUCUCGGCAAUGUCGACAAUGACACCAAACUCUCGGACGCUAUUAACGACGAAAAUAUCAGACGAAGCAUGCGAUUUAGCUUUCUAUCACAUGGAAACCAAUACGCAGCUUACUUCCGUAUUUCAUCAACGACAAGUGAAUUAUACACGGCAUCGAAACUGGAUCGCGAAUCGCUGGAACAUUGUGCAUUUGCCGAUUCGUGCGUUUUGCCAUUAGAAAUCAUUGCCCAGUCUACUGUCGGAACGUUUUUCAGAAAAAUCACUGUAUACGUCAAUAUUCAAGAUAUAAACGAUAACCCUCCCCGCUUUCUUUCAAGCACACGAACUAUAGCUGUUUCAGAAGCAUCCGUCAAAGACACGUCAUUUCCACUAGAUGGAGCUGUCGACGAUGACCUUGGUUUGAAUUCCAUUCAAAAUUAUUAUUUGAUUCCAGACGACACGCCAUUCAGUGUUAAAUUUACCAAAAUUGCUGAUGGCCGAUCGUCACUUGCUUUGAUUCUUAAUGGAUCGUUAGACCGCGAAUCUGUGACAUUUUAUACCAUUCUCAUUCAAGCGGUGGACGGAGGUUCUCCGAAAUUGACGGGCACACAGACACUGUAUGUAAAUGUUACUGACGUCAAUGACAAUAAGCCGAAGUUCAGCAGUCCAACGUACAACGUGACAGUGGACGAAGAUCUACUCCCAGGAUCUACUAUAAUGAAACUUUCGGCAACUGAUGCUGAUAUCGGACUUAAUGGACAAGUGACUUACAAACUUAGUCCCUAUCAAUCAGAGGACAACAUUGUAAUGUUUGACAUAGAUCCUGAUAAUGGUUACCUUACCCUUGCUAAAUCUCUGAUGUAUGAACCUGACGAGGUCUACCGAAUCAUCAUAGACGCGACUGACAUGGCAAAGCAACCUUUGUUAACCCAAACUACGGUUAAUGUGAAGGUCAACGACGCUAAAAAUAACCCACCCAAAAUUAACAUCAAUUUAUUUUCACCAACAACAGCUAAAAUCUUAGAGUCGGCAACCAAAGGUAUUGCCAUAGCUCACGUGGCAGUCGUUGAUGAUGAUACUGGCAUGAAUGGUGUAGUGAAUUGUUCGAUUGAGAUAACUGAAUUUGAACUUCAGAAACUUGCGACAAAUGAAUACAAGGUCAUCUUGGCAAAACCAUUGAAUCGUGAAGCUUAUGACAGGUAUUACGUGGAACUUGUGUGCACAGACGCUGGGAGCCCAUCUCUUAAUUCGUCUUCAUCUUUUGUUGUCGAUGUCUUGGAUAUCAAUGAUAAUGCACCCCAGUUUAGUGAAUCUAUUUAUAGCAGAUCUAUUCGAGAGAACAACCGAUUUGGUGAAAAGGUUUUGCAAGUGUCUGCAUCUGAUGCAGACAUUGGAAAUAAUUCUGAAGUAGUGUACUCACUUGACCAGGUGGGAAUGUAUGAUUUUGUCAUUAACUCAGAGACUGGAGAAAUAUUCGCUAACUUUAUUAUUGAUAGGGAAUCUACGGGUGAAAUAAACUUCAAGGUGGUGGCUACCGAUAUGGGUGAUCCACAAUUAUCCUCUGUUGCCAAUGUUAAUCUUAUCAUAUUGGACCACAAUGACCACAAACCAGAAUUCUCCAAACCACUCUAUAAAUUUACAGUGCGAGAAAAUUUACCGGGUAGGACGUUUAUUGGACAAGUGGAAGCUUCUGAUAGGGAUGCGGGCUCGAACGCAGAUUUAGUAUAUGCGAUAGUGACGAGCUCCGAUUCUCUGCCUAUUUCUGUGGCGGAAAAUGGAUCUAUUUAUUCCAAGCAGCCUUUAGAUAGAGAGGCUAUUCCUCAUGGAUUUCAAUUCCAAGUGGUUGUGACGGACAGUGGAGUACCAUUUUCAUGGAAUUCCACUUGUUAUGUGUCAGUCUUUAUUGGGGAUGUGAACGACAAUGCCCCGAAUAUAUUGUUUCCCAAUAAUGUCAAUUAUACAAUAUCUUUUCUUUACGAUAUCCCAAUUAACAGUGUUAUUGGGAGGAUUCGUGCUGUGGAUAUUGAUUAUGGUCAAAAUUCUGCGUUAAGUUAUUCAUUUAUCGGGAGCGACAUUUUCAGUAUUCAUGCCGACAAAGGUGAUAUUUAUGUGACCAGGCAACUUUCGCCACAGGAUAUCGAUCGAUAUACCCUAACGGUAAUUGUGGAAGAUCAAGGCACCCCGAGCAGAGGCCAAAAUCAAACACUUGUCAUCACUGUGACUUCUCACCAAGGUCUCGCACCUCUCAGCGAGAAGUCACCCAGCGACACCUAUAUGUUGAUUGCGGUUGUGAUUUCUUGUGUAACGGUGGUUCUUGGGGGUGUCAUCAUUCUAAUAAUUUUCCUAAUUAGAAGACACGAUAGGAAUAAACACGUUUCUGCUCAAAACACGUUUAACAAUGAUAAUAGAAUAUAUGAUGUCAUAGAUAGGUCGACAAGGACAAUGUGUCCUAAGGUGGCAUACAGCGUGGAUGGGCGGGGUAGUGUUUCCAUUGAUCUGUCCGUCGACACCUCUCAAGACCAGCUUCUGGGAGAGAGAAACUCCAUACAAUCCAACCAAAGCGAAGAUGAGAUAGAAAAGAUUCUAGAGAGAAUAACACCCGUCCCAUCAAACUACACCAGAUCCUCCCGAAGUUCCUCUGUUGCCAGUCAACCCCAGUUCGCUCAGAUCCGUUCAUCAAUAGCAUCCAAAAGUCCCUCAAUCGCCAGUAUGCAACGCGGGUCUUCAUCUCGAUCUAGUCACGGUCACAUGACCAAGGAUCCCUCUUCAUUACUUCGUCCUGAUAUAUGCAACAUAUCGCAACCUAAAUCGGGUUCACAGAUUCCUCGGAAGUUAUGCGAUGAGGACAGUGAAACUUCGAUGGAAUCUAAUACCUCUGACAGCGGGCGAGGAGGCAGUGAGAGUGACGUACAAACCGGGUCCACAAUAAUCAUUCCCAAGUCCAAGGAACUAGGCUCCACAAGGUCUUUAAAAAUUGUUUACCAACCGGAUACGAAUCACCGAUUAAAGCGCCACCUCAGUGAUCAAGCCAUACCCUUACAUGACAUUCAUCCUGGGAUGCUGGACCCCAUCGAAGACCAGGAAUACAUCGUCAUCAAAAAUCCAAAUUACUGUCCCAGACCUCGGAAUAACAGCAGUCUCAAAGAUGUUAAUAAUGACCGCAAAUUCAAACAAAAACCGUCUGUUCAUUGGAACCCCGUGACGCGUGUUCUCCAAGGAAGUGUGGCAACUAUUGACGAACGUGAUGACGUCAGUUCCACAACGUCAGGGAGCUAUACAGUGGAGUUAGAUGACAUGAUGUCACGAGAAUAUACUCAAGUCUGACGGACUUUGAAGGGCAUACUCCAUUUGUGGGUCAAAGACAUUAGAAUUGAUCUAGUUUCCAAUUAUAGAUUAACACUUCUAAUUCAUGCCAAGAGUAAUUCUUGUCUCGCGUGUGUAAAUGGAUGAAACGGAUAUUUUAAAAGGAAAUACUCAUCUCAGAUUUACUGUUUGUGUGUGGAAAAUUGUGUAAGUGGUAACGUUAGAUUUUACCUCAUAGUGAGAGUAAUUAUAUGUGGAACCAGAGAGUUUAAAGGGACGGACGUUCUUAGCGAUGAGAGUACGUGGACGUGCUCGUCUUCCCAAUGUAUCAUUCCCCAAGUGCCAAAUCUUUCAUUUGUUUUGUUCCAUGUUCAUGUUCCUCGUGGAAUAAAUAUUUUAUGAACUAUAUUACAUGAAGUAUUUUUAUUGAUGUAUGCGAUCCAGUAUAAAUUUGAUAAUAAAAAGAAAAUUCAUUGAA